AUGAUUUGAUCAGUAUUUAAAAGAUCCGCUUUUCCCUGUCUUUAACACAGACAUAAAAAUCAAAAGGAAAAUCCCUUCUCUGUUUUCUCACUUCCUCCUUCUUCAUCCCUUCAAAGUGAGAGAUGGUUGCCUUUGGGAAGAAGUUGAAGGAAAGACAAAUUCAGGAAUGGCAAGGAUAUUACAUUAACUACAAAUUAAUGAAGAAGAAAGUCAAACAGUAUGCUCAUCAAAUUGAAGUUGGGACACAAGAUCGUCGACAUGUUCUCAAGGAUUUCUCAAGAAUGCUGGAUAAUCAGAUUGAGAAGAUUGUCCUUUUCCUGUUGGAGCAACAAGGCCUACUUGCGAGCAGGUUGAUAAAGCUUAGAGCACAGCAUGAUGCUCUUGAAGAGCAGCUAGAAAUAUCCCAAAUAACUGAACUAAGAGAAGCUUAUAGAGGAGUGGGACAAGAUCUUUUGAAGCUUCUCUAUUUUGUUGAAAUGAAUGCUAUUGGUCUGCGAAAGAUAUUGAAAAAGUUUGAUAAACGCUUUCGCUAUAGGUUCACCGAUUACUAUGUCAAAACUCGUGCUAAUCAUCCUUACUCUCAGCUGCAGCAAGUGUUCAAGCACGUGGGUUUAGGGGCUGUUGUUGGGGCAGUAUCUCGUAAUCUUCAUGAACUUCAGGACCGUCAAGGAAGCUACUUAUCAAUUUAUGAUCCACCUGCCCUUCCUCUCCAGGAUCCUGUAGUUGAUUCAAUAAAAGCGGCUGUGGAUAGGUUAACGAACUCAACGAACUUCCUAAACUUUCUGGCACAACAUGCUCUCAUUUUGCAAGAAGAGCUACCUGCUCCUAUUGAGGAACACGUUGAUGAAGAAAGAUACCAUUUUAUGUCACUACUCUUGAACUUAGCAAACACAUUCCUUUAUAUGGUUAAUACAUAUAUUAUUGUCCCCACAGCAGACAACUACUCCACGAGCCUUGGAGCUGCGGCAACAGUUUGUGGUAUUGUUAUUGGGGCAAUGGCUGUUGCACAGGUGUUUUCUUCAGUGUAUUUUAGUGCAUGGUCUAAUAGAUCAUACUUCAGACCUCUCGUAUUUAGCAGUAUUGUCCUUCUUGUGGGAAAUACCAUGUACGCGAUGGCUUAUGAUCUGAACUCAUUAACAGUUCUUCUACUGGGUCGGCUCUUUUGUGGAUUUGGUUCUGCUAGAGCUGUUAACCGCCGGUAUAUCAGUGAUUGUGUACCAUUAAAAAUCCGAAUGCAGGCAUCAGCUGGCUUUGUUAGUGCCAGUGCUUUGGGGAUGGCUUGUGGUCCCGCUCUUGCUGGCAUACUUCAGACAAAUUUCAGGAUUUACAAAUUUACCUUUAGUGAAGACACUUUGCCAGGAUGGGUUAUGGCUGUAGCUUGGCUUGUAUAUUUGAUAUGGUUGUGGAUCUCAUUUAAAGAACCGUCUCGUGAUAUUCAAGAGAAUACUUCACCUCAUGCAUCUAGUUCUCAAACAGCAGAAAACAAUGCACUUGAGAAAGGUCUUAAGCAACCAUUGCUCGUUGCUUCAGAAGAGAUGCAAGAAGAUGAUGAAGACCCAGAAGGUGAUGGAAGUGAAGAAGCUUCUGAGAAAUCUCAUCGACCAGCUACAUCAAUUAAAUCAGCUUAUAGGUUACGUACACCCUCAGUAAAGGUUCAGUUGUUGAUAUAUUUCAUGCUCAAGUAUGCGAUGGAAAUUUUACUCUCGGAAUCCAGUGUCAUCACCACAUACUACUUCAGCUGGUCUACAAGCACAGUAUCCAUUUUUCUUGCAUGUCUUGGCUUAACAGUUCUUCCAGUAAACAUCGUUGUUGGGAGCUUCAUUAGCAACAUGUUUGAAGACAGGCAAAUUUUGUUGGCAUCUGAAAUUAUGGUUUGCAUAGGCAUACUGCUAAGCUUCCAUAUAAUAAUACCGUACACUGUGCCCCAAUAUGUCUGCUCAGGGCUCAUCAUGUUUGUUUCCGCUGAAGUACUUGAAGGUGUCAACUUGUCACUGCUUUCUCGGGUAAUGUCAUCUAGGUUGUCCCGUGGAACCUACAAUGGGGGACUACUUUCAACAGAAGCUGGUACUAUUGCUCGAGUGAUUGCAGACGCCACAAUUACACUGGCAGGGUACCUAGGUCAGAGUCGGCUUUUGAAUAUCACUCUACUUCCUUCACUACUUAUAUGCCUCUCCUCUAUUGUUGCUACAUGCUUUACGUACAACUCUUUGUUUUGAUCGAUUCAAAAAAAAAAUCAUUUCCCUUCACAAUUCCAUUUUUUCAUAUCAAUGCUGUAUAU